AUGAUUAGACUGACUGUUCCUAUGCAGAUAGAGAUAGGGGCAGCAGAGGAGGAGACAGUCCACGAAGGACAAAUCAUUAGACCCCUCCAACAUCAAGGUGUCGAAUCAGGAGUGGUGGGACGUAACCAGGUGGUAAUGGUCAACCGACAGCAGGAUGCUGAUCAAAUCGUUGAUCAACACCGACAAGAAGACUUAGCGGUGGAAAAUAAUUUGACAACUAUUGUCAAAAGGAUUAUGGCUAGAAAUGGCAUGAGUGCUACAUUACAAAGGCCAUUAUACGUGUCCCCGUUAGCUGAAUUCAUUCUCCAAAGCGAGGCACCCAGGGGGAUGAAAGUACCUAAGUACCCAAAAUUUGGGGGAGAGUCUGGUGAAUCGACAAUAGCGCACGUCGCCAGAUACUUAACAGAGUCAGGGGAUCUAGCUCAUAAUGAAUGCUUAAGAGUAAAAAACUUCCCUUCCUCUCUAACCAAGGCAGCCUUCACAUGGUUUACUUCGUUGGCCCCAAGUUCCAUCGACUCAUGGGCUAAACUAGAAAAGAAGUUCCAUGAACAGUCUUUAAAGGCUAGGUGUUUCACACAAGUGCCAGAACAUGAACUAGUUCAAAUGGCCGCAGGAGGAUUAGAUUAUUCCAUUAGGAAGAAAAUAGAUCCAACUUUUGUGAAAAGUAUGUCACAACUGGCUGAUAGAGUCCGACAUCUAGAACGACUGAGGCUAGAAAAAAUUAGGCACAAUAAGUCUAAGAAAGAAAAGGUAGCGUUUUUCGAAUACGACGCGACAGACCCAAUACGUGAGGCAGAUUAUGCUUCAUCGACCGAAUUAGAAAUCGACGUGGUUGAACUAAAGCCAGGGGGAUUUGGUUCAAAAAGCGAUUCAAGAAGGCAAGCUGAAAUUUGCUGGCCGCAGGAUGAAGAUCGACACUGA